AAAGUAACAGAGACGAGGGCAACGAUAGGUACUUGAAAAGUUUGUUUGGAAAUUGUGCAGAACCUUUUUUUUAGUAUAGUGAAACUUCUGAAUUUUAAGUUCAAAAAGACAUUUUUAAGAGAUAAAUUAACCAAAAAUUAAAUAAAUAAAUAAAUAACCUUGCAUGCUCAUACAAGAAGGAAUUCCAUUAUGUCUGGUACUAUUUUGGAGAAUUUAAGUGGACGUAAGUUAUCCAUAUUGGCAGGUGUUUUAUUACUUAGUCAAGUGGCCUGCUUUCUGUUGGGUGGUCUCUUGGCACCUAUACCGGCCGGUCAUCAAAAUAUUCUUGGCAUGGUCUGCCGAGAUCAACCGGGACGGCAAAAUGACACUACAUUUUGGUUGUACUCACGUGGUGAAGGUCGCUGCGCCUCCAUAUCACAGGAAGAAAUAGAACGUCACUAUACGAAAAUGGCAAACGAGAUUGUUUACUUAUUUCAAAUGCCUUUACCUCGCGAUGGAAAAUGGUUAGACUAUUCGCGUUGGCAAUCGAACUUAAUUGGCGUUUUGCAGGUAGAUCUAGCAUAUGGUUCGGAUGUCGCUUUAAUAGAACCACCAAAAGAUUUGAAAUUAACCAUUGACACCCGUUUGGCGUAUCGUAGCAAGAAUGAUGCUCCGAACGCAUGGAGACUAUAUUCUCAUUCGGUGGAACAACGUUAUUUGGAUUGCCAUCCAGUGCAUAAAAGUCAAUUAGAGACGUUAUACUCGUGCGAAAUGAUACCUCUAUUCGAAUUGGGAGCAUUACAUCACGACUACUACUUACUAAAUUUACGUUUCCCAAUAGAUACGGAGAUGCAUUUAAAUUUGAAUGUUGGUCACAUGCAUGAUUUAACAUUAACCGCUAUUUAUCAAAAUGGAGGCUUUACAAAAGUAUGGCUUUCCCUGAAAACGGUACUAUUUCCAUUCAUCGUGGGUAUAAUGGUGUGGUUUUGGCGCCGCGUUCAUAUUUUACAACGUUCACCUGCUCUUCUGGAAUAUAUGCUCAUUUAUCUGGGCAGUGCGUUGACUUUUUUAAACCUGCCAUUAGAAUUUCUUACAUUAACUUUUGAAAUGCCUUACAUGCUGCUUUUAAGUGAUAUUCGCCAAGGCAUGUUCUAUGCAAUGUUAUUGUCAUUCUGGCUAGUUUUCGCUGGCGAACAUAUGCUCAUCCAAGACUCACCAGAAAAGAAUUCCAUACGUUGUCGUUAUUGGAAACAUUUGUCAGCCGUCGUUGUGGGUUGUUUAUCUCUAUUCAUUUUUGACAUUUGUGAGAGGGGUGUACAGCUACGCAACCCAUUUUAUUCGAUAUGGACUACACCCCUCGGUAGUAAGGUUGCUCUAAGUUUUAUCAUUUUGGCAGGCAUAUCGGCAGGAGUUUAUUUUCUAUUUUUGUGCUUUAUGGUAGCUAAAGUUUUUCGUAAUAUUGGCGCUAAAAGAACUUCACUGCCAUCCAUGUCAGCUGCCAGACGUUUGCACUAUGAAGGGCUCAUAUAUCGUUUUAAAUUCCUAAUGAUGGCCACACUUUUAUGUGCUGGUUUAACUGUUGCAGGCUUUAUAAUGGGACAAGUAGCGGAAGGUCACUGGAAAUGGGAUGAGGACAUUGAGAUACAACUUACAUCAGCUUUUUUAACUGGCGUUUAUGGCAUGUGGAACAUAUAUAUAUUUGCGUUGCUUAUACUGUACGCCCCUAGUCACAAACAAUGGCCUUGCUCAAACUCGGACGAAACCACGCAAUCCAACGAGAACAUAGUAGCUGCUGCCGCCAAUGAAGAAAUCGAAUUUAGUAAUUUGCCAUCAGAUUCGAAUCCCAGCGAAAUAUCAUCACUUACAUCGUUUACGCGCAAAGUGGCAUUUGACUGAUUUCAUUUUUUAUACAAUAUAGGGCAACAAUUCAAAUCGUGAAUAUGUACUUAAGUUUAACGACAAAAAAAAUUUUACGCAUAGUGUGUCAGUCAGUAUUAGCAAUAUGUCUUUUUAUAUGUAGUUUUUUUAUUUUUUAAAUAUUCGUCCAUUUUAUAAUAUGUUGUAAUCAUGCCUACGAAUAUUUAAAUUGAUUGAAGUCGUCGAUUUUUUUUUAUAUUUUUUUUAUGUAAAGCUAUAUACACAUAUAAAAUGUUUCAUUUUAUAUUUCUAUGAAUACAUGUGCAGAAUGAAUGCUUACAUCAAUAGUAUUAAAACAUAAGGAACUGCAAUCUCAAAUACAUGUACUUUUUUAAUUUAUAAUACCAUUCAUUUUUAUGAAUUAACUUUUACGCACACUUAUUAGGAAUGUCUGUCAGCGUCGACGCGGAAUAAACAAGCAAAGCUAUUUACACCAGCAUUUGUGCAUUUAAUAUGUCG